AUGCAAUCUGAAGUCGGUACAGUGGUGAAGGAUAAGGCCUUGAAAUCGUCCACGAUUGUCUCCAACCCCACCGAAAGUGAUGCUCGACGAAAACCACUGAUAAUUACAAUGGCUCCAACAGUUGAUUUGAAAGGGGAAGACAGGAAGUGCGAUCUGUCAGGGAUGGCUAAUGCGAUUUGUGGACUCGGAGAUGUUUGUGAAAAAUUGAAGAAAUGUGUCACUUCAGUGCAAAAUCAUAUCAUGGAAUCGCUUUUGCCCAGCCUUGUUGUAAUGGGACGUUUCGGUGAAACCGGUCAUCGAGACGGAUUUGAGAGAGUUCAUCACUUUAGUCAUUUGAAGACGGUAGUUCUAGAGACCUCAUUUACCAAUAUGCUAAAGAACUACCCAUCAUCACGACCGUCAGAGCAGACAAGUGGAGAUUCCGGUCGUGGCAAAUUUUUUUUGCUUCCGCAAUGGGAGCAAAGGUUUCUGGGAAUGGAGCGGCGGCAAUGCCUUGGGCGAACUGUUCUUGCCUUUGAAGGUCCUUCGAGAAAGACUUUGGACUGCUUUGUGUCUGAUGAAAAAAGGAAUUAG